AUGCCUACUGCUGGGAACAAUAAUCAUAAUGUCAAUAAUAACAAAGGUUUCACUAGGGAUUUCCGAGAGUCUCUAGUUAAAUCGCCGAACUACAGCAACCCUUUUGAAUCAAGGGUCGGCACAAACAACAACUCCGAAAAUGACGACAGUGAUGCCGACAGUUUUGAGUUCCACGAGAGAUCUUUUGAUGAAAACGACAAUAAUAAUGAUAAUAUUAUCCGGAACAACAAUAAUAAAGACAGUAGAAGGAAAUCAGGGGUCUAUAAUGCCCAAAAUACUGAUGCCGAGUAUGGCUUUUCUCAAUCUGUGACAUCACCAACAGUUUCCGAAUUUUCAUUUAGUCAGCGAGAACAUUUUGACCCCGGUAAUUUUGAGCCACCAAGAAAAAAUCUCACAAGCAAGCAUCAGAUAAAUACUUUCGGGCUAGGGAGUCUAAAGGAAGACGAAUCAGUCGUCAGCUUUAAUCGUGAACCUAUGGAAUAUUCUUUAUCCGAAGUGGGAACAACUAAUGGAAGCUUAAGUGACGCAAGUAAUCAUUUGGCAAGAAACGGGACAAUAAUGAAAAAAAGUCGAUGGGGUACUCAACGACAUAAGUCAGGUAAACCAAAGAAACCUGUCAGGGCCAAAACCUUGCGUUGGAAACAGGAUCCUGAAGGCAUGGGAAGAAAAAAUACUUUCAAAAAAACUUCCGUGGCCAGAAAAUCGUCGGGCAAUUCUGAAAAGCACUGGUUGGGCCAUCAGAAUACUGAUAAUAAUAUAAACUCAAAUGAUGAUGACAAUAAAGACGAAAAGAAUAGAAGUUCGGAAUUAAGAAAUAUCUACUUUAAUUCCCCACUACCGAGAGAAAUGGUAGAUGAUGAAGGUCUUCCAAUUGUUGACUAUGCCCGUAACAAGAUCAAGACAACUAAGUAUACUCCACUCACGUUUAUUCCUAAAAAUCUUUAUCUUCAAUUCGCCAACAUUGCAAAUAUUUAUUUCUUGGUCUUGAUUAUCUUGGGAUUCUUCUCAAUUUUUGGGGUUCCCAAUCCUGGAUUAUCUACUGUUCCAUUGAUUGUUAUUGUGUGUCUUACGGCAAUCAAGGAUGCGAUUGAAGAUUCAAGAAGAACUGGAUCGGAUAUGGAAUUGAAUAAUACCAUCACUCAUAUUUUAAAAGGUAUAGAUAAUCCUAAUGUUUCGACUGACAACGUAUCACUUUGGAGAAGAUUCAAAAAACUAAAUUCGCGAUUAUUAUUCAGAUUUAUUGGUUUCAGUAAAAGUUUGUUUAAUGAAGAAAUAAAGGAACAAAGAAGACUUGAGAAAUUGAAGAAAGAGAAAAAAAUUGAUGAUGGUGCCAUUGACCAGCGCAAAUCCUUCGAGAGUUUCGAAACUCAAGCGCCUUAUAAUAAUGGUAAGAGUAUUCCAAUGGAAGAGCUCAAAUCUGUCAGAACAAGUGAUACAACUUUCAUUAGUGAACAAAAACCAACGAACCCUUUUGCAGGACCAUCAGUUAUUGACAAGUCUUUACCAACAAACGGACGCGCCCGUUUUGAAAAAGGUUAUUGGAAAGAAAUUGGCGUUGGGGAUAUCAUCAGAAUUCAUAAUAAUGAUGAAAUUCCUGCCGACGUGGUGAUUUUGUCUACCGCUGAUGGUGAUGGUGCUUGUUAUGUGGAAACUAAGAAUUUAGAUGGUGAAACCAAUUUGAAAGUCCGACAGUCUUUGAAAUGUACCGCUGAUUUAAAGCAUUCAGUAGAUUGUGAACAAGCCAAAUUUUGGGUAGAAAGUGAAGGUCCUCACGCCAAUUUAUAUUCUUAUCAGGGUGUUUUCAAAUAUCAUAAUGAUGAUGGCGAAGUAGUGAAUGACCCAAUUAAUAUCAAUAAUAUGUUACUUAGAGGGUGCUCUUUAAGAAAUACAAAAUGGGUUAUUGGGAUGGUGAUUUUCACUGGUGAUGACACCAAAAUUAUGUUGAACGCAGGUGUUACUCCAACGAAAGUUUCCAGAAUAUCAAGAGAGUUGAAUUUCUCAGUUCUUUUAAACUUUGCUUUACUUUUUGUGUUGUGUAUUAUUGCCGGGAUCGUUAAUGGUGUGUAUUAUAAUAAGUCUUCGGUGUCGCGGGAUUAUUAUGAGUUCGGUACUAUUGCCAGCACGCCGACUCUCAAUGGUAUUGUGACGUUUUUUGUUGCCGUUAUUUUGUAUCAAUCUUUGGUUCCAAUCUCGCUUUAUAUUUCCAUCGAAAUUAUUAAGACUGCUCAAGCAUUUUUCAUUUACUCAGAUGUGAAAAUGUAUUAUGAUAAAUUAGAUUUUCCAUGUACUCCGAAAUCUUGGACUAUCUCAGAUGACUUGGGUCAGAUUGAGUACAUCUUUAGUGACAAGACUGGGACGUUGACCCAAAACGUUAUGGAAUUUAAAAAAUGUUCGAUUAAUGGAGUUUCUUACGGUAAGGCCUAUACUGAAGCCUUGGCCGGGUUGAGAAAAAGACAAGGGAUUGAUGUGGAAACCGAAGGUGAAAUUGAAAGAGCUGCAAUUUCCAAUGAUAAGGAAAUCAUGAUUAAUGAGCUACACAAAUUAGGUAAAAAUUCUCAAUUGAUUGAAGAUGAAAUCACCUUUAUUUCUAGUGAAUUCGUUAAAGAUUUACAAGGAAAUAGAGGGGACGAGCAAAAGAGGGCCACUGAGCAUUUUAUGCUUUGCUUGGCUCUUUGUCAUUCCGUGUUAGCUGAACCUGAUAAGAAACAUCCGGGCCGUAUUGCCUUGAAAGCCCAAUCUCCGGAUGAAAGUGCCUUGGUAGGUACUUCCAGAGACGUUGGAUUUGCAUUUAUUUCCAGAACUAAAAAAGGUGUAAUCCUUGAAGUUCAUGGUGUUCAAAAGGAAUUUCAAAUUUUGAAUACUUUGGAAUUCAAUUCUACCAGAAAGAGAAUGAGUGCCAUCAUCAAAAUCCCUGCUAAAGAUCCUAAUGGCAAACCAAAAGCAUUAUUAAUUUGUAAAGGUGCUGAUUCGAUCAUUUAUGGUCGGUUGAAAAAAGAAUCGGAUCAAAAAUUGUUAGAAAAGACGGCUUUGCAUUUAGAACAGUACGCCACAGAAGGUUUAAGAACUCUUUGUAUUUCUCAUAAAGAAAUUGAAUGGGACGAAUAUCUUGCUUGGAAUAAGCUUCACGAAGAUGCUUCUGCUGCCAUUGAGGGUAGAGAAGAGAAAAUGGAAGAAGUUGCUGAUCAAAUCGAAAGGGAAUUGAUUUUACUUGGUGGUACCGCUAUUGAAGAUAGAUUACAAGACGGGGUUAGUGAUUCCAUUGCUCUUUUGGGCAGAGCUGGUAUUAAGCUUUGGGUCUUGACUGGUGACAAAGUUGAAACAGCCAUCAACAUUGGGUUUUCAUGUAAUUUAUUGAACAAUGACAUGGAUCUUCUUGUCAUUAAAGACAGUGGUGAAGAUGCGGAAAAGUUAUCAGGAGAAAGGGCUCCUCAGAAAGUUGUUGCUGCGUUGAUCGACAAAUACUUGCAAGAGAAAUUUCUGAUGACUGGUUCUAUGGAAGAGUUACAUUACGCCAAAGAUGACCACAACCCGCCAACUGGUAAUUUUGGGUUAAUCAUUGACGGUAGUGCUCUCAAAAUUGCAUUAAACUCAAAAUUGAGAAUGAAGUUCUUAUUAUUGUGUAAACGAUGCAAAGCUGUUUUGUGUUGCCGUGUUUCUCCAGCUCAAAAGGCUGCAGUGGUCACCUUGGUUAAGGAAACCCUUGAUGUUAUGACUUUGGCUAUUGGAGAUGGUUCUAAUGAUGUUGCUAUGAUUCAAUCUGCUGAUGUUGGCGUGGGUAUUGCUGGUGAGGAAGGUAGACAAGCGGUUAUGUCUUCAGAUUAUGCAGUUGGUCAAUUCAGGUUUUUGGUUAGAUUAUUAUUAGUUCAUGGUAGAUGGUCAUACAAACGGUUGGCAGAAAUGAUUCCAUGUUUCUUUUUCAAAAACGUCAUUUUCACGCUAGCAUUAUUUUGGUUCGGGAUUUACAGUAAUUUUGAUGGUUCUUAUUUGUUUGAGUAUACCUAUUUGAUGUUCUAUAACUUGGCAUUCACUUCUUUACCAGUCAUUUUAUUAGGGGUGUUUGAUCAAGAUGUCAGCGAUGUUAUCUCUCUCUUGGUUCCACAACUAUAUAGAAGUGGUAUCUUGAGAAGCGAAUGGAGUCCUCAUAAAUUCUUAUGGUAUAUGUUUGACGCGUUGUACCAAUCUGUGAUUUCGUUCUUCUUCCCAUAUCUCGUGUAUUGUAAAGGUGGGUUUAUUGGUUCUAAUGGGUUAACAUUGAUUCAUAGAUACUGGAUGGGUUCAUUUGUGGUGGCCAUUUCUGCAUCAGCUUGCGAUAUUUACAUCUUGAUGCAUCAAUAUAGAUGGGAUUGGAUUUCUUUAUUGUUCUGCUCGUUAUCGAUUUUAGUGAUUUUUGGUUGGACAGGUGUUUGGUCUUCUAGCACGUAUUCUGGAGAAUUUUACAAGUCUGCCGCCCAGAUAUAUGGAGCUACUUCAUUCUGGGCUUGUUUCUUUAUUGGGAUCGUUAUUUGUUUAUUACCUAGAUUCUCCUAUGACUCGUUGCAGAGAUUGCUUAAUCCUAAGGAUAUUGAUAUCAUCAGAGAAUGUGCGGCUCGUGGUGACUUCAGCCAAUAUCCUGAUGAUUACGACCCAACUGAUUUGAGCAAGAAAAAAAUCAGCAAAUAUAGCCAAGAUGCUUUCACUGAAAACCAAAUGAAGUUCAAUGAUUCUGCUGAUAUCGAGGUAGGCACGUAUUUGGAUGAUGAUAGCCGGUCAGUGCACACCCAGGAGAUUCAAAUGGAUUAUAUUGAUAAUUCUGGAGGAAAGAAGAAUUUGACUGAAAGAAUCGCCAACAGCGCUACCGGAGUUUUCAAUAGAAACAAGGGUAAGGCAAAAAGUCGUGGUAGAACCUCGUUAGACUUUACUCGGUCAGAGAUGUUGGGCAAUGAUGAAUUGGAACCAACGAUGUCGUACGUUAGGGGAAGAGCAUCUUUGGACAUUCCAGGGGUGAAUGUUGCCAAUCAAUUGAUUGCCACUAGAAGUAGGUCGAAUAAUCAGUGA